AUGGCUUGCAACGAGCCUUCAAGUUACUUUGAAGCUGCAAAUUCUCCUGAAUGGUUAAAAGCUAUGCAAGAUGAGAUUGACAUGAUUGAGAAGAAUGGGACAUGGCAGCUUACAAGAAAACCUGAUUCCAAGCAAGCAAUUGGUGUGAAAUGGGCACCAAGAGCUUGGUACAGCAGAAUUGACUCUCAUUUGAUCCAACAAGGAUUUGAGAGAAGUCCAAAUGAAGCUACGUUGUAUGUCAAACACUAUGAAGAAGAAAAAAGAAUCAUAGUUUCAGUCUAUGUUGAUGAUCUGCUCGUGACUGGUACUGCCUCAAAUUUUCUGAUUGAAUUCAAGAAACAAAUGGAAAAGGAGUUUGAGAUGUCAGACUUAGGACCAAUGAAGUACUUUCCGGGCAUAGAAAUCACCCAAUGUGAUUCUGGUAUCUUUAUUUCACAGAAGAAAUAUGAUCUUGACAUACUGAAAAAAUUCAAACUUGAGUCGUGCAAGCCUGUUGCAACUCCUUUAAUUUUGAAUGAGACGUUGUCAAAGAAUGAUGAAAAACUGUUGAAUCCAUCCAUAUUCAGAAGCUUGGUUGGUAGUUUGCUCUAUUUAACUGCAACCAGACCAGAUUCAAUGUUCUCUGCAAGCUUACUGUCCAGAUUCAUGUCCUCUCCAAGCCAGACUCAUCUCGGAGCUGCAAAAAGGGUUCUCAAGUUCCUAAAAGGCUCUGCAGAUCAUGGCAUUUGGUACCUCAGAACUAGAGAUGUGAAUCUAAUUGGGUAUGCAGAUAGUGAUUGGGCUGGAAGCAUUGAUGACAUGAAGAGUACAUCAGGCUAUCUGUUUUCACUUGGUUCAGGAGUGUUCUCUUGGAAUGCAAAGAAGCAAGAUGUUGUAGCUCAAUCCACUGCUGAAGCUGAAUACAUAUCAGCUGCAGCAGCAGCAAACCAAGCCAUUUGGCUCAGAAAUUUGCUAAAUGAUCUUGGUUUCCAGUGUUCUUCACCAACAAAAUUGUUCUGUGGUAACAAGUCUGCCAUUGCAAUAGCAGAAAAUCCAAUUCAGCAUGGCAGAACCAAGCACAUUAAUGUCAAGUAUCAUGCAAUUCGUAAAGCUGAAAAGAAUUUGCAGAUUAAAUUGAUACACUGCUCCUCAGAAGAACAACUAGCAGAUAGUUUAACUAAGCCUCUUCCAAAUGGCAGGUUUGAUGAUCUGAAGAUGAAGAUAGGAAUGUGCAAGGCUAAUCUCAAGGAGUGUUAG